GCCCAGAAUGUGAACCAAAGCAAAGCCUCGCAGAACCGUCCCUUUCCCAGUUUCCCUUGCCUUCUGCGGCUAGCGGAGCCGGUAUGUUCAGAGGCAAAGAGAGAGAGAUUUUUAUUGUUAAUCAAGUAAUUAAAGAAUACAGCCCAGAAUGUAAACCAAAGCAAAACCUCGCAGAACUGUCCCUUCCCUUGCCUUCUGCAGCUACCCGAGCCGGAACGUUCAGAGGCAGAGAGAGAGAGAUGCGUGCGAUUGUUAUCAAGUCGGAAAUUGACAUUGAGUUUUUUGUCUGAAGAUUUGGUUAUCUAUGGCUUCCUUUCUCCUCUCUAACGCUAGUCUUUCCUCUCCUUUCCUCCACCAGAAACUCACUAAAUGUGAACAAAGAAGUACGACAAUGCUUUAUAGCCCAAUUUUGAGAAACCCUAGAAACCUUACCAGCGUUAAGUGUGCAGUGGAUGCAACAUACGAAGGUAAUAUCCCAAAAUUUCCUCGAAUGAAUGUUUGGGAUCCUUAUAAGCGUCUUGGUGUCAGUCCUUAUGCUUCUGAGGAGGAAGUUUGGUCAUCAAGAAAUUUUCUCUUAGAGCAAUAUGCUGGACAUGAGAGAAGUGAAGAGUCGAUAGAGGCUGCUUUUGAGAAGUUGUUGAUGACCAGCUUCAGAGAAAGGAAGAAAACAAAAAUUAAUUUGAAAAACAGGCUAAAGAAGAAAGUGGAUGAGUCUCCACCUUGGGUUAAGAAUUUGCUUAAUUUUGUGGAACUUCCUCCAGUUGAAGUUAUUUUUAGAAGAUUGUUCCUCUUUGCAUUCAUGGGUGGCUGGAGUAUCAUGAAUUCUGCUGAAGGUGGACCUGCUUUUCAGGUGGCAGUAUCUUUGGCAGCUUGCAUAUAUUUCCUCAAUGAGAAGACAAAGAACUUAGGCAGAGCUUUCAUUAUUGGUCUUGGAUCUCUUGCAGCUGGGUGGGUAUGUGGCUCUAUAUUUGUUCCGAUGAUUCCAACAGUUCUAAUACACCCAACUUGGACACUCGAACUCCUUACUUCAUUGGUAGCAUAUCUUUUCUUGUUUGUGGCAUGUACUUUUCUCAAAUGAAAUGACAACUGCAUCUCACUAAUGCUGGGAAUUUUAUUGAAGUUAAUUCCAUUUCUAUAUUAAUUUAAAUUCUCCUUUUCUUUUAUAGAUAUUGAAUUCCAUGAA